AAGGGCGUGGGGCAUGCGCUGCCUGCGCCGGCCGCAGCGGGAGGCGCCGGCGGCGGCGGGGCCAGUUACUCCUUAAUGGCCAUAAACCGUUCAAAGAUGAAAAACAGCCCCAGCAUCUUGCAACCUCACCUUUAGAUGUUUUGAUUGUUACAGAAGUGAAAUGCUGUGAACAUCAAGUCCAGAAUUUCUCAGAUAAAUGGCUCAUUUAAACUGGGAGCUACUGAAAUACUCUCUGGCUGGCAAAUGCAGUGCCUAGCAGCAGUCAUCAAGGACGAACCAAACAUGAGUGGUGGAGGGGAGCAGGUCGACAUUCUCCCGACCAACUACGUGGUCAAAGAUCGCUGGAAAGUGCUGAAGAAGAUUGGUGGAGGUGGCUUUGGGGAGAUCUACGAGGCAAUGGAUUUGCUGACCCGUGAGAAUGUGGCCUUGAAGGUGGAAUCAGCUCAGCAGCCCAAGCAAGUCCUCAAGAUGGAAGUGGCUGUCCUGAAAAAGCUGCAAGGGAAGGAUCAUGUUUGCAGAUUUAUUGGCUGUGGAAGAAAUGAAAAGUUCAAUUAUGUGGUCAUGCAGCUUCAGGGCAGAAAUCUUGCAGAUCUCAGAAGGAGUCAGCCUCGGGGGACUUUCACACUGAGCACAACGCUGCGACUGGGCAAACAGAUUCUGGAGUCAAUAGAAGCCAUUCACUCUGUGGGGUUCCUGCAUCGAGACAUCAAGCCUUCCAACUUUGCCAUGGGCCGGUUACCUUCGACGUACAGGAAGUGCUACAUGUUAGACUUUGGGCUGGCCCGCCAGUACACCAACACUACUGGGGAAGUUCGACCACCUCGCAACGUUGCCGGUUUCCGAGGAACCGUCCGCUAUGCCUCCGUGAAUGCACACAAAAACAGGGAGAUGGGCAGACACGAUGAUCUGUGGUCCCUCUUUUACAUGUUGGUGGAGUUUGCUGUUGGUCAGCUUCCAUGGAGAAAGAUUAAAGAUAAGGAGCAGGUUGGCAUGAUAAAAGAAAAGUACGAACACCGAAUGCUGCUAAAACACAUGCCUUCAGAGUUCCACCUUUUCCUGGAUCACAUUGCAAGCCUAGACUACUUCACCAAGCCAGACUAUCAGCUAAUCAUGUCGGUUUUCGAGAACAGCAUGAAGGAAAGGGGCAUCACUGAGAAUGAAGCCUUUGACUGGGAGAAGGCUGGUACAGACAUCUUGUUGUCCACUAGCACCUCAACUCCACCACAGCAGAACACCAGGCAAACAGCAGCCAUGUUUGGGGUGGUUAAUGUCACUCCGGUGCCCGGGGACCUGCUCCGUGAGAACACCGAGGAUGUCCUGCAGGGGGAACAUUUGAGUGACCAAGAGAACGCUCCUCCCAUCCUGUCAGGCCGGCCCGUGGAAGGCCUUGGGCAGGCUCCGAACACGGCUUUCAACGAGGGGGAAGUUUGGGAAGAGACAGAUGUGAAUCGCAACAAACUCAGGAUCAGCAUCAGCAAAACUCAGUGCAUGGUGGAAGAGGAGCAGAGAAACGGGGUGUGCCCCAGUUCCCCUGUCCGAGUGCCUCCGGAGUCGCCGACCGCACAAGUGCGCUCCCUCCGCUACCGCCGCGUCAACAGCCCCGAGUCAGAGCGGCUCUCCACAGCUGAUGGAAAAGCAGAUCCACAUGAAAGAAGGUCUCGAAUGGACAUCCCUGGCUCUCCGUCCCGGCUCGUGUGCUCCUCGCAGCCGGCCCAGAUGCUGUCCAUCGACACGGGCCAGGCUGACCGGCAGGCCAGCGGCAGGAUGGAUGUGUCGGCCUCCGUGGAGCACGAGGCCCUCAGCAACGCCUUCCGCUCGGUGCCGCUGGCGGAGGAAGAGGACUUUGACAGCAAGGAGUGGGUUAUCAUUGAUAAGGAGACAGAGCUGAAGGACUUCCACCCCGGUGCUGAGCCGAGCACCUCUGGAACCACGGAUGAGGAGCCCGAGGAACUGAGGCCUAUUGAAGAUGGGGAAGAGAGAAGGCGCCUGGGGGCAGAUGCUGCAGUGAGGCCGAAGACUCACGAUGGGCGAAGUCGGGGUAUGCUGCCUGUGACUGAGGAGGACAGUUCCCAUAGACAUGAAGGACCUUCUCAAACAGUGUCUGACAGUAGACAUGAACAGCAGACAGGAAGUCCAGCCCACUCCCCCUUACAUUCAGCACCAGCCCUCCGACAAAGGAGACGAGAAUCUGAACCUACUGGUCCUCAGAGACAGGCAUACAUGCUGAAGUCAUUUGAAAUAAAUGGCCUGCCCAAGGCGGUCCCUUUAAGUUUGCCUUACCAAGACUUCAGAAAAGAUAUGUGCAACUACUGGGAAAAGCCUAAGUUAUCCCAGCGGAUAAAGAAAGUUGAUUUUUCAAAUAUUGUCUUGACUGCUCCUUGCAAACCUCUGGAACCUUAUCUGGAAAUGAAUGGAAAAGAGGAGGAGGAGGAGGAGGAAGAAGAGGAGGAAGACUAUGAGGAGGAGGAAGAUGAGCAGGAUGAGGGGGAGGAGGAGGAGGAGGGCAAUGAGAUUGACAUGCACAGUGAUUCCAGUAGCGACCUGAGUCAGAAGAGCACGGAGCGCAGCCAGGAGUGCGCACCAUCCACGCUCCUGGCUGAUGACCAGAAGGGCUCCAAGGGUCGAGCAUCCACCGCUGAUGGGGACCUGGAGCUGGAGGAAGGCUCAAAAACAUUAGUGCUGUUUUCACCAGGUGAUCUGAAGAAGUCUCCAGUGGCUGCAGAGUUACCUCCAGAAGUCGAUCUGGGCACUCUUGCUGCACUGACACCUCAGAGCGAGCGGCCACAGCCCAUGGGGAGCCAGCUGGAUGUGUCUGAGCCAGGCACCCUGUCCUCAGUCCUCAAAUCAGAACCAAAGCCCCCUGUGGCAGUGGCUACAGCCUCCUCCCCGUUCACCAAAGUGGAGCGCACGUUUGUUCACAUCGCUGAGAAGACCCACCUGAACGUGAUGUCCUCCAGCGGGCAGCUGAUGCGGCACGAGGAGCACGGCCCCCCGGGGCAGUUCGAGGAGGUCAUCGUCGAGGAGGAGCUGGAGGACAACCUGGUGCUGGUGGAGAAUGGCAGCAUUCACUCUGGGCUGGAAGGGGCAGAGACGGAGAGCUGCGUGCUGUCGGCCAACCAUGUGGAAACCACCUCAGAGACCGUGGGGGAGCAGCCGGCCCUUCCCAACGGCGUGCCAAAGCUUCCCGAGGAAAAGCCAGAGCCCUCUGGCAAAGCGGUGCUCUCACUGGACUUGGAAGAGCCUGCCAAGGUGGCUACAAGGGAGCCUGGCCUGGAAAAGGCAGCACCAGUGACAGAGCACCUGAAGCAAGCAGAGACCAUCCUGGAGACGCCGCAGCCAGGCCCCAGGAGGCCGCUGGGCUCGCGGUACAGGAGCCGGAUACCCAUUUUGUUCUCUGAGGAGGACACUGGCUCAGACCUUUCAACUUCACUUUCAGCCAAAGAAAGGCUUUAUAAGAGGGCAAAGCAACCUGACCUGGCUCGCCUGGUGAUGGAGAAGAGGCAGAGCCGCCUCCUGUGGCUGGCCUCAGGGGCCUCCUCCUCGGCCUCCUCCAGCGACGAGCGGCGCCGGGCCUCCGAAACCCUGUCAGCCACCGGCUCCGAGGAGGACACCCACGACUCCGAUGACUCCAUCCCACGGAAGGGAGAGAGGAAGGCUGCGCUGCUGGGGAGGGAAGAGAGAGCCAUAAGCACAAGGAGCAGAAUUCCUCGGCCCAUCGUGCCGGUGAAAACACCGCUGGAGGUGGCGAGGCCGGAGAGCUCCGUGGCUGCUACAGUGGCAGGGCUGGGCAGCUCCCCACAGGAUGCAGCCGCUGCCUGCAGGCUUCAGACACAGAGACCAGCUGGAAGCGUCCCAUCCGAGGGCCGAACAACCCAGGUACAAAGUCGGCUUCCUUCGUCACCGAGCUCCAGUUCCCUUCCUGCACGGAGCAGCUCGCAGAGGCCCAGUGGUGCAUCCCCCCGGAGCCCCGUCCUUCCUUCCAGGAACCCCAGUACAUCCCCCAGAAGCCAGCUGCUGCCUCGGAGGGAAAGUCCUUCUCCCUGCCGGCAGCACAAACCAGGGACUGCUCCUCAGCGCGUUCCUCCUUCCCCCCGACCUCAGCCCUCAGCUCAGGCCCCGGGGCCUACAGGAGAUUCCCUGCCAUCUCCUGGCGUGGCCAAAAAACGACAAAGAGGAAAAACCCAGACUCAAAGUCCAGCAACCAAAGGAAAGCAGGUGUCCCUGGAAAGUAAGGCAGCUGCCAGAUAAUGACCUUCCUCUGCGAGCCCAGCAGACUGGGUAACUUCUGCAUAUAGUAUACACUUGAGAUGCUGCAGCACAGCCUUCCAUGCUGGACCCACGAGUGUAUAGCAGUAGCUGUACUUGAAUGCUUCACUCACUCUCACCCCACACUGCAAUCAGCUCCCAGGGGCCUGGCAGCCUCUGAGCCAUGGAGCCUUUCCAAGGGAGACCCUCCAGCCCGCAGCUCACGCUUGCUAACGCACAGCACCCAGCCUGCCCAGUGCCUGACCUGCCUCCCUGCCCAGGGAUCCUCCCCCCAGUUAGCAAUACCAGUCCUCAACACCGACUCCAGCUGUGGAAGGAGGAGCAGAGGUGACAAGAGCAAGGCCUGCUAAAGAGGAAGGCUCCUGUCCUUCAGGCAGCUCCUUCCUUUCUCCUUGCUGGGGAAACACCAGCCUUGGUCUCUGCCAUCUCCCUGAGUGCUGGCUUGCCUCCCACCACCUGUGUUAGCAAGGGAUUGCCACUAGCUUAUUCAAGAAGGAUGGAUGCAUCCUUGUGUGCUGAGAUAAGAGGAGGGUUAAGGAGGGGAGGGCUCUACUCUCCUUUCCAGAGGUGUCUCUACAGUUGGGAAUUGGGAGACAGGCAGGUCUUGCUGGAUGCUCCCGCCUGCUCCAGUGUGUCCCACAGAGGAGGCUGUCUGGCGUUGCUUCUCAGACACUGCUGCUGUUUCAGCACAUGCCUGUGUGGUGGGUGCUUAGGUGGAAGUAGGGAUGUGUUGGCAGCUUGCUGGGAAAUCAGGAGCUCUUGCUAAUUAAUGUAGAAGGGAGCACACUGCAUCCACAUCUGUCACAAAUACGAAACUGUGAUCUGUGGACAUCACACCCCCCAGCAAGGAUGGUUCCUCUCAGCCUGGGUGUGCUUGGUGCCACAGACCUGCAGUGCACCAAACACAGCUCCAUUGUGAGGAUGUGGAUAGUCACUGGAUGCCUUUAGCCUGGGUGCCCCCUGCACCUGAAUUCCUUGUGUUUUAUUGUCACGCUCUUGGUGUUUGUGAAUUUUGGCACUGUGGUUGAAAGUUCCCCUACACGGCAGGGUGGGAAAUUAUUAUCCUGUAGUGUACCCAAAGCUGCUGCUUUGCAAUGAGAGGUUUGCUGGCAUGCCAUGGCCAUGUGCAUUUCCAUCUGAGGGGACAGUGGGUUGAGGGGCAGAGGUGGGGUUUGUAUCUUUUCCAUGGUGCUCACCUCUGCCAUGCAUUGAGGAUGAACAGUGUAAAAGCAAGGGCUGUGCUCUUCAAGUAAUAUUAUCUGAGCAUAAGCUAACACUCAGCUAGAGCUAAAUCAAGCAACUGUUUAGCCCCCAGACUAAUUAGGAAGGCUUGAAAGUGAAAGCAAGGAGGACUGGUACCUGUCUGAUCUUGAUGAGAUCUUGAAGUAGACAAAAUUCUCCCCACACCUCACAGAAGAAAACACUCCAGACCCAAAUACUUUGUGCUUCACACCAUUGUCAUGCCUAAAAGAGGCACUGCAUGAGACAGAACAAAAAUACAGCUGCUCUGUACACCUAUUCCUGCAGUUACAACUACCUGCAAAUUUACUGUUUGCAGACAACAAAGCUUGACAGAGGAAUCUGAACAGUAAUGACCUUGAUUCAUUUGAACAUGAAUGCAAACAGUCACACACUGAUGGCCAUCAAGUUACGGAAUCCUGAAGCUGCUCAUAUCUCCUGGAAAGGAGUAUGAGAGCUGUGACAGCGUGUCAGGGAGAAACUCCUUGCACACCUGAAGAGGGAAAUGUGUAGAAGCAGGAGACAGGAACUACCCCUUCAUUUAACAGUCUCAGUGUUGCCAGCACUAAGAAUUCAUUUCACCCUGCUCAAAGUGUUUUCCAUUGAUUUCCAAACAUGCCCUCAUCUUUGCAGAGCAGCACUGGAAGCUCAGAGGAGCUCAGGCUCUGGUCUGAUGGACUGAGCUGAUGUUGCCAUCAAAAGCAACGUCCCUCCAAGUUCCAGCUGUUUUGUUGCACAGUUCCACCACAUUUACAAUGCAGCAGCUAUUUGAUAAAUGGCUGGAAAUGCUGGUCCAGCAUAACACAAACUGCUCUGAUUCAUCACCUUAUUCUUCAUCUGGUUCAUUUCAUCACUCUGGUUCACCAUUUGGUCCCACAACAUAAGAAGGACACACAGAGAUUGUGACCACUUCUUCUGGUGGCACUAAAACUUUCUCUGAGUUUGAAGUGUGGGUCAGACUAGAACCUAAGUAUGCACUGCAGGUUUAGAAACUAGAAAACAGAAUAAACUCAAAGACUGAUUCUUUCCAGAAAUAUAAAUCAUAAUGGGACUCCUAUUAAUUUAUUGAAGGUCUAUUAAUUUUAGAGUGCUCAGAUGGUAAGACUUGGUUGUGAAGCUUUUACCAGUUGAUCCAUCCAUGUCUUAAUGCACAUGCCAAAAAUGACAUUGAAAGAGCUUUGAAAGAGGACUACAGGAUUAUUAACAGGGCUAGCAAACCUGCCUCAUCAUGGGAAGCCAAUAAAGCACAAUCAGUGUAUCUGUUCAGGAGAAAGUUUAAGGGACAAUUUUUGUGGCCCAAUGUCAGAAAGGAAGCUCCAGGGCAGACACAAGGCUGGGUUGGACAGGGCAUCCUGGUCUAGUGGAAGGUGUCCUUUCUCAUAGCAGGGGGCUGAAACUGGAUGAUCUUUAAGGUCCCUUCCAACCCAAACCAUUCUAUGGUUCUGUGGUUCUGUGGUCUUCCUCUGGCACAUGAACGCAGGGAAGUCAGAACAGCCAAGAACAGCAGAUUAGGAAAUUGGGCAGGCUUUUAAUUGUGAAGCAACCAUCCAGUGAAGUCUUUCACAGGACUAUGGGGACUUUCUUAUUAAAAGUUUCUGUGAAACUGAGCUGUCUUCUAAGAGGUCUAUCUACCAUGACCCCACCACAAGAAGCAGGCAGGAUUCUGGUGGCACCAAGGUAUCAUCAUCUCCCUCUGUGGUGCAGCAGAUUCCUGGUCCCACCAGGAUACAUGCCAAAGCUGGGAUAUACUGGAGAGCCACCUGGCAGGUCCCACAGGUUUCAGAAAGCACAGCUGGACAUCAGGCACAGGUCUAUGCUGAACUGAGCAGGAGUAAUAGAUCUGAAUAGCUCCAAACCCACUGGUUUAUUAUGCUUUUUUGCCCCUGAAAUUUUUGCCUCAGACAAUUUUUUUUAUAAUAUUUUUUCUUUGGUUCUAAUCUGGUUGCAAGGAAAUUAAAAAUAUAAGUAAAUAGAUAAACCAUGUUACAGAAAUUAAAGAAAAGUUUACAUUGAAAGGAACCCUUGGAAAUCACCUUGUCCAAUUUUGUAUUGAAAAUGAGACCCUGGAUUAGAUUAUGUAGGGCUGUGUCAAGAUGAGCCUUCAGUGUCUCCAGCAAGGAAGAUUCCACCACUUCCAUGAUUUAGUGAAUCAAAGAAUGGUUAAGGCAAGAUGGGACUUCUGGAGGUCAUCCACAAAGCUGUUCACAGAGUUGUCUGACAGGGCUGGGCUGAAGGUGCAGCUGGGUCUGUAGAGAUCUGAGACCAGCGUGGGCCAUCUCUCCUCGUGGUUGUGCUGCCAGACUCCUGCACAGUCCUGCUUCCCAGCUGUCCCUGGCAUGAAGGGCAGCAGGAAAGUGCAUGGUGUGCCCCAGGCCAUGUCCUCCUGGAUGGGGGUGCUCCCAUCUGGGGGAGCAGCACACACAGAAUUUCCUCUGGGUCCUCUCUUCUCCUGCUGCCCUGUGGGAAAGUUGGAAGGGCACCCACCAAAGCUGGAGCAAACAGAG